UUAUUUCAUAAAAAUACUUCGCAAUGUGUCACCGAUUGAUAGACUCGUGCAAUUGCUAUCACUUAGCAUCUCACUGAAGUCACAACGCGAGAAUGAUGUGGACAUGUUGCGUUGUGCGAUACAAAUUAUUGGUCACGUACAGCAAACAAACAUAAUGGACUCUAGGUUUUGAGGCUUUCUGUGGAUCUUCUGAGUUGAGCAAACACUCGGGUACAAAGCGCGACAGGUCCUGGAUAAAAGAGCAGGAAGCACUGUGGUCGCCCACGUCUUUUUGCACUUUCACCUGGAAGAAAGCAAUUUACCGUCGCUGUCGGAUCGUUCGCAUUGUUUUGGUGCGAGGCGGCGAAACACCUCUCGCAAGGCACGAGCGUCGUGUGCUUAGAAGGCGAGUUGCUUGGCCUUUCCGAACAGGUGCAACCAGCGUCACAGCACGCCCGCGUACGCGGCUCCUCCGGGCAGAAGCGCGCCGAGAAAUCGUGCGUAACGCCGGAGCAGCUGCGGGCUGCCCGUCACGUGGCCGCCUCCUCGACGUGCCUUUGUGUCGUCGUGGCGCGCAAGCUUCUCCCUGCCGCGGCAAGUGGCGCUUUCACACGGGUCAAAAUCGCUAUGUGACACGGAUGAGCGGUCUCUAAGGAUCGGGUCAACGACGUCGCGGCGUACCGCGCUGGAAUACUCCCUCGCGUCGACAGCAGCGACAAGCAUUUUGUUUACAUGGGCGCCGCAGACUCUACAAGCUUCCCGGCACCCACUGUGCGACGCUCCUUCGAAUCGAACAACUCCGGUUACGGCUCUGCUGGCAAAGUGCGAGCUUUUGUUGGGCGGCCGCACUGCAACUGCAUCGUGGAAUCACGAUAUAGGACGGCUUCACAUCCCGUUACCGGAUCCUGGUGACAUGUGCCACGUCAACAAGAUAUCGAGCCCUGGCAUAACAGCAUACACACGGGAUGAGCCGUGGAAGACGUCGACUCACGUGACCCUGCAGGAGGACUUAAAAAUGAAGCCAGCACCGUGCUACUCCAGCGGGCAACGCAGCAGCGAAAUGAGCAACAUGCUCAGGAGCACUUUUUUCUACGUAUUCCAGGUGCGGAGACCAGGAUAAAAAGUCUGUGGAAGUAUGAGCCCGGCGUGGCGCGAUGUCCCUGGUGAACCUGUUCGGCGGUCUUCGGCGGCUUCUGCGCCGGAGGCACGUGCACAUCGACAACUGCGUCUUCAGGCUCCACUGGCUGGUCACGUCGUCGCUGCUCGUCGCCUUCAGCCUGCUCGUCUCGGCGCGCCAGUAUGUGGGCGAUCCGAUCGAGUGUGUGCCGCCGACGAGCGACUUCCCGAUGGAUGUGCUCAACACGUACUGCUGGAUCCACUCAACCUUCACCAUGCCAACGGCGCUCGACAAGCGUGUCGGGCUGGACGUUCCGCACCCGGGUGUCGACAACUCGGGUGGUGCAGAACGCCGCUACACCGCCUACUACCAAUGGGUGGCCUUCACGCUGUUCUUACAGGCAGUGUUCUUCUACAUUCCAUACUAUCUGUGGAAAAACUGGGAAGGAGGCCUUCUCGAGGUCAUAACGAUGGGAAUGCACGUCGCCAUCAUGGAGGAGAAGGACCGCAGCCACAAGAAACGAGUGCUGACCGAAUACCUGCACAGGCACAUGCGCCACCACAGGCUGUACGCGCUCAAGUACAUAUUCUGCGAAUUUCUCAGCUUCGUCAACGUUGUCGGCCAGAUGUUCUUUAUGGACAAGUUUCUCGGUGGCGAGUUCUGGAACUAUGGCGUCCAGGUGGUCCGGUUCACUCUCACGGACCAAGAGGAAAGGCGCGACCCCAUGAUCUACGUCUUUCCGCGAAUGACUAAGUGCGUGUUCCACUCCUUCGGCUCAUCGGGAGACGUGCAGAGGCACGACUCCCUGUGCAUCUUGCCGCUGAACGCGGUGAACGAGAAAGUGUACGUUUUCCUCUGGUUCUGGUUCGUGACGUUAUUAGUGCUCACCACGGUGGUGUUUGUGGGCCGGCUCGUGAUCCUCGCGGUGCCCCUGUUGCGCUUCCAGGUGUUAAAGUCGAGGAGCCCGCUGCUAAACUCGGAAGACCUGCGGACAUUGGCGCAGUUCGCCGACGCUGGCGACGCCUUCCUUUUUUACAUGCUCGCACAGAAUCUCGACCCCCUGGUGUACAAGGAGGUGGUCGCAGAUCUGACGCUUGUUAUGAACCAAAAGUCAACCGAGGACAGAUUACCGCUCAACACGAUUUGAGUUGGCAAAAGAACUAAAAGGCGCCUCCGCACACCAGCCGCCUGCCCCAAGUUUUUUCUGCGCUCCGAGUUGGUGAGGACUGUACGAAGCAGGAGACAAACGGUGCAGGCAUCGUAUGAAUUACUGCCCAUUACCUCUACAAUCACACAUUAACAUUGAUUUUGUUGUAGUGAUUGUCACUAAUUUAUUCCAGCUCUUCCAGUUAAUUACAUAAUAUUGUAACGGGGAUGUCGCGAGUAUAGGAGAACUAUAUUUACAGUAUAUAUACAGGAAGAGUCAGAGCUGUUAAGAUGGCUGACCACCAACAACACGCAUCAUCCAGCCAGCGUCUCCGAUCUUCUUUUUCCUCUCUCUUCCUUCAUCCAUCGGUAACCAUAUUUUUAGAGUAUUUAGCUCAAUAUUUUUUUUUUCAUAUUAAAACUGCCUGAUCAUGAAUUUACGGUGCAUUUGUGGAAAGCGCCUGCUUUUUUUUUUCUUUGUAUGCAGCACUGCUGUGUUGAUUCUGGAGUGGUGCCAGUGUGUAAAAACAUCGCGCAAAGUAAAUUGCAACACUCCAGAUCUUGUGUCUGCACCGGGGAUUCUCUGAUAAUUGAGUACAGGAGAGAAAUGCUAGGAACCUAAUCAAAACAGCUGCUAAAGUAGCCAUCCGCGUAUACUGUCACGUGUUUUUCGACGUGUACAAGCACGUCUAGAUAUGCGGAAAGAAGAGCAAGCAGCAGGCAAACCUCACAGGGAACUGCCUAGCGCAGUUUUAUUUCUUGCGACACAGUUAUCACGUUCACUAUUAUUCUUCCAGGUUCAACUAUAUCGCGCCGAACCAACUUCCCUUGUUGUAUUGCGCUAAGCUAACAAAUGCGAAAGUAAACGUCGUUGGCGUUCUUAAUUUACCAAUUGCAAUGAACUUUCAAGACACCGAUUCCGAGUUCUUUUAGAAAAGAAAAAAUGGUUACAAAAAUGAAUCAGUGCUUUUUACGUGGGCUAUAAAUUUCACCAUGACAUUAUGAAUUCAAGCACAAGGACGUCUCAUGAGCAUGACAAUUGAUGCGCGAACUUUUAUAGUGUACAUAAUAUUAAGUAAACACGUAAGUGAGACUCUCCGAACAAUCGAGGAAGGGAGUGAGAAAAGUUCUACAUGGUCAUGCUGUGCAAAUCAAACUAAACAUGUAUCGACCAGGCAAUUCACUAUUUCGCAUUUUAAGAUUGUACACUCAGUCUGAGAGAAUGUUCAACCAACGCAAUGUUUACAACGAAAGCUACCCGGGUGUGAAGCAUGACUUCAAUUCUAAGCAUAUGCUACUUAGAAGUUUAAGUGCCAACCAUUAAACAUUAUUUGUGGCGCAUGAGUCUUAAGGAAAUUACUUGUCUUCGUUACACAAAAUCGCGACGCGAUAUGCAACGGCAAUAUAUAUUGUAAGAUAUAUUGUAACAUGGUGACUUGUAUUACGAUAAGUUCUCGUUAGAAAGGCAAACGCCAUCAGAUAUCGCGAUAAAAAAGCACACAAAAAGAUUGUUCAUUGUAGAAUGGUGGGUAAUGUUGUGCAGCAGUAAAAAAAUUCUAAAAUUAUACACAUUCUGUGAAAGAAUUCAGCCCGUUGUCAAGAUGAAGCCACUAUAAAAAGAAACAAAAUGGGGGAUGUAAUUCAAGAUCUACUAGGUGAAGCAUAUGUAGGCUAAUUUGUUCGGGGGUAAAAAUCAAGAUGGCGCACUGUUGUAAUGAACUAGAAUAACUGAGUAAAUAACUUAAGGCUUCAGCCACUCUUACAUUUAGGGUAGUUGUGGAUCUAUUAUGAGUUAGGUUAGCGGUGGCGAAAGAGGACGCAGUAAAGAAACUACUGGCCACAACGCAAUUGCGUCUAAACGCAAUAUUUUCCUUUCUUAAAAUAAAAUUUUAGCUUCCAGUUAGAUCUUGUGGUGAAGCUUCUUUCCCGUGUUCCCGACCGCGGUGCGACAAUAACAUUGUCGCAAGUUGCAUAAAACGGCUACAUAAACCACCAGGGAGAUCAUGCAGGAUCUUCGUGGUUUGAGUGUUGCAAGCACAAAUGUGGGCAUUAACAACAAUUAUAACCUAUCAAGGUUUGUACUGGUGAUGGAUGGCACAUCAUCCGAGCUGUUCGAUGCAGUUGAAACCCGAAGUUCUAAAAUUCUUAUAGUACGUACCUGCUGCUGCCGAAGAAACAAAUUUUCUUCUAAUGCUAACUGUCAUGCCAGAUGCAAGCAUUUUAAGGAAGCCUGCUUCAAGUGAUUCUUAGUGGCUUAUUCUCGCCAUGCCCAAAUUUUCGUUCACGCCCUAGUUGUGUGGCUUGAGCAGAAGAAAUGCUUAAUUACAGAAUAAUUAUCUUCAAAAUACAGUGUUAAGACCGUGGUAGUAUAUACGAAUAUAUUUCGGUGCUACAGAUCAAUAUUGAAAGCAAUCUUUAAUAUCAUAUAACAACUUAGUUUUGGACAUGAGAAAAAUAUAAAACUUGAUAUACAUUGCGAUUUACGUUUAGUGUGCAGCGGUGGCGUAGAGGUAGAACACCCGCCUCGCGUGCAAGAGGUCCGUGGUUCGAAUCCCGGUGCCGCGCAAUUUUCCACCGGAUUAAAAAAAAAAAAAAAAAAAAAUCCGCGUGUUGAUAAAAUUGCAUAAACAGGCCUGGAGUGUGGCCUGAUGCCGGUGACCAGAACCGGUAACACACUCCCUCACCAGAGCAGGAUUGGCCACCCUGGUGCAGUACUUGGCCACAGCCUCCUAUGAGAGUGAAAUAAUCAGAAGAAUAAGAAUGGGCUGGGGUGCGUUUGGCAGGCAUUCGCAGAUCAUGAACAGCAGGUUGCCAUUAUCCCUCAAGAGAAAAGUGUAUAACAGCUGUGUCUUACCAGUACUCACGUACGGGGCAGAAACCUGGAGGCUUACGAAAAGGGUUCUACUUAAAUUGAGGACGACGCAACGAGCUAUGGAAAGAAAAAUGAUAGGUGUAACGUUAAGGGAUAAGAAAAGAGCAGAUUGGGUGAGGGAACAAACGCGCGUUAAUGACAUCUUAGUUGAAAUCAAGAAAAAGAAAUGGGCAUGGGCAGGACAUGUAAUGAGAAGGCAAGAUAACCGAUGGUCAUUAAGGGUUACGGACUGGAUUCCGAGGGAAGGGAAGCGUAGCAGGGGGCGACAGAAAGUUAGGUGGGCAGAUGAGAUUAGGAAGUUUGGAGGGUCAACAUGGCCACAAUUAGUACAUGACCGGGGUAGUUGGAGAAGUAUGGGAGAGGCCUUUGCCCUGCAGUGGGCGUAAUCAGGCUGAUGAUGAUGAUGAUGAAUGCUUUCUUCUUUCAGAAACUAAGCCCAGCCAUCUUUAGUUUAUAAUGGUGACUUCGCCUUUUAUACCUUGGUGUAAAAAACAGCACACAUUUUUCGACCCUGUAUUUGCUACCAGACCAAUUAUUCUGUGGUGUAGAAAUAAGUGAUGUGUCUACACUCCUGCGCAUGGAAUCUGUUUCUUUGUGGCACAAAAGGCAACUUCCUAUAGGAUGUAGAAGGGUUGAAAUCCGGGCCAGUUGGUACGUACAAAAACCAGUCACAAAACACCAAGGACAAAAGGAGAGGUUCACACAACAACGUCAACAGGUCGCUCACGAUAGAUGCGAAACCUUGUCUUUCCACACUCUGUGAUUAGUGAUGCUGUGGUUGCGCAUGCACUGCUGGCCUUGCUGGGACUACGCCGUUUCUUAUAAAUCUCAGUUGAUAGUCCAGUCGUUGUGGUGUGAACCUCUCUUCUUGAUCUUUGUUUGUUGUGACUGGUUUUUUUCUUUAAAAUAUCGUAUGUAAUCCCUUUUGCAACAUAUCUAUGUGAAAUGUUCACGUCGUGAUUAUGAAAUUUGUUUCAAACAAGAACUUGAAUGCAGAUAAGGUUCAUCAUUGUUGCCUUCUUGAUCCCCCGUGGUAGCGUAGUGACUCUGGCGCUGCGCUGCUAAGCUCGAAGACGCGGGCUUGAAUCCCGGUCGCGGUGGCCGCAUUUCGAUGGGGGGCGAAAUGCAAGAACGGCUUUGUACAGUUAAUUGAGUGCACGUCAAAUAACAUCUGGUGGUCAGAAUGAUUUCCGAAUGCCCCCCCCCCCCCCUCCACCCCCUUACGCCAUGCCCCAUAUUCAUAUUGUGCUUUUGGCACGUAAACUCUCAGAAUCUAAUUUGGUUGCCUUCAUAUUGCUAGCUGAAGUAUAGAAAGCGUUCUUAAUUUGUUUCAGAACAAACACCUCACGAAAAACACAUUGGCCCGCAAGCUUCCUACAGAAUUUAGGCCUUAUUAGCAAUUGUAGCAUGCUGUUAAGCUAUUAGGAACCCUGCAACUAAGUAACCUGAUGGAAGGUAAUUUUGACGAUGUGCGACGAAUGAAACAGGUCAUAUUACGAUGCUAAACCUCGAUACACAUACAAUGCACAACAUCACAGCAGGCCCUUUUUGUAUUAGAGGUUGGAUUGCGCAACAUUUUGACGAGACACACAGAAGAGACACAUACCUCUGAUAAAUAAAGAGUUAUUAUGCUCCCGAGGGAUCUACGGCAUUACGUGCAUGUAUACAACACAAACAGGUAUCUCUCCUAAUAUCCGCAACUCACUUGUCGGACAGUGAUUAUACAGUUUGCCAGAACACAAACAUCCUUUUUCUUGGAGCAGUAGAGCAUGAAAGAGCUAGGCAAUGGAGAACGCCUGAACUUAGGUAUAAAAUUUGGGGGACGCUCAAGCUUCGUCUUUAAGAGUGAAACGCGAUUGCAUUCAAAGACCCUUGACUGUUUUUCAUGCUGGCCGCAACUGCAGCUUACGUAAGCAUAAUGUUCACCGGGAAACGCUGGCGACGAACGCUAUGCACGAAGGCAGUCUUUCUGGUAGAAACACUGCCUCUUGCGUGGGUCGAUCUCCUGUUAUUGUUUCGCACUUUUACUAUUUCAGUCUGAGAAGAGCUAACAUAAAAGUCAUGCGCUGUAGGUGUUUCGUUUUUUUUUAUUACACUUGUUUGGGGGCUGCCGUUAUCAAAAUUCCGAGGAAUAACUUUGUAAAGAAUGAAAGACAAGGUAAUAGCAACUUUGGUGGUAGAAGAGUGGUUGUGUAUGCAUGGUUAGGAAUAUGAUUCGAAGUGCCGAAGCGAAGUCCGACGCUGGACUUUCCGCGACACCAGGCCCUUGACGCUAUCGCGUUGAAAGCUCGCAAGAGAUGCUGAGCGCACACAAUAAAUCAGUGAAUUCAUUAGAGACUCGGAGAAAUUCACCGCACACUUUUUUUACUUACGUAAUUAUUGAAGGUCACUGCCAACAUGGAGUUGAGUUUGUUGCAUUGUGGAAAAUAUCUUUAUGUGAACUAAAUCUUUACAAGUUACUGUAGAGAAUAUAAACAGCUGAUUAUCUUCCUGGAAGUACAUUGGCAUUUAUUCCGCACGUAAGGCAGGCAAGCCGUUGCUAGUGCUCUUUAAAAGAAGCCUGUAAUCCCUUUUGGUAGCAUGUCCAUGUAAAGCUUUCACGCUACAAUAAUAAAAUUAUCUGCAAAAGAAAGCUAGGAUGCAGGCGACUGCACAAAACAAAUAGCAUUUGAAUUGCGAAUUUCUUGUUUUUUGACUUCUGUAGUGCGAAAACGGUAAAAUUGUGGACAACAUAGCGUGGUGUCGCAGUUUUCGCAAUAUUUUCCCAGUUAUCGGCCACAACUCAUAUACUAGCUUUCACAACCAAACAUGGUUUAUGAAACCUCAUAAGUUAGAAAUACCCUGUCGGCAACAGCUUUGCCCAGAAGGCAUCACUGAACGUACUGGCAGCAUUGUUCAUCGAUGCCCGAGCUAUUGAUGUAUUCAAUUGUAGUGCAAAUCGUUCACCCAAAUAAAUGGUGCCACCUCAA